ACCCUAAAAUUAUUUUUCCCACAAUCAGCCGCAUGAGCUCUCACUUUCUCUCUCAUUGCCAUCUCCGGUUGCCUGACGGAUGGAGCACCACCAGUCCGCCUCCUCCCCUUCACCUCGUGUUGCCUCUGUUACUCCAUUCUUCUUCUUCACUCGCAGAUCCAAGCCAGGGCAGCUCAAUCGAGCAAACCAUCUGGCGGCCCCCGGCUGUUUCCUUCACCGCUCCAUUCCAGAUCAAUAACCAUCCCCCUUAUUGAAGCCGACUCCGCCACUGCUUCAUCCGAGCACGCCGCCGCCGCCCAAUGCCAGAAGCAGCCGGCGGGAAAGCCAUAGCUGCCACCGCUGCUCUGUUCUCUUCCCCACGCCGGAGAACACCAUCCCACCAGCGAGAUCUGGCCAGCGCUUUCAUUUUCCCGCUACCCAAUGAGAACAACACCAACAGCCGCUCCAGCCGGUGCAGGCGACCACCACUACGUCACCUGUUUUCUUCCUCUCCUUCUUUACACUGUCCAAGCGCCGCCGCUAAUGGAAUCCGCCGCCACCACCGCCGUUUCUGGCAAUAUCACCGGAAAAUUCUAAAGUACAUGAUGGAUUCACAUUUUCAGGGACUAGUAAUUUCAUGAUGGGAGUUGUUAGCCAUUAGAAGUUUGAAGAUAUUUUGUGAUUUUUUUCUCAUUUGUAUAUCACACUGAUUUGUUACCCAUUAAAAACUAUAUAAUUCUCUUGUGGAGAAAUAUAUUUUAAUAUUGUCUUUGUACCUUUAAGUACUAUAGUUAUAUUAUUGACAACGAA